AUGGGUUCGGAUAAAAUAAUGAAGGCUACCAUUGGGCAUAAUAAGCAAUUGAAGAGAAAGGGUAAAAAUUCAGCUGGAGAACAGUCAAAAUCCAAGAAGGUUAAAAUAUCGAAAGAUGAUUCCAGCAAGCAGGUUAUAUCUUCAGCGGAUAAACUAAAAUGGAAGCCUGUUGAAAUUCCUCAUACCCUCGGGGAUUAUGAAGGAUUCUAUGGGUUAGAAGAAAUUGAUGCUGUUGAUGUUGAAAUCAUAAAUGGCCAAACGCAUUUUCUUACCGCAGAUAAAAGCAAGGUUUUAGAUAAAGAGCACGUCAAAGCGCAGGAGGACAUUAUUCCGGAGGGAGAUUUUGAAGUUGAUCUUUCUGAUGAUGAUAAAACAUUGUGGGAACAUGAAGAUGCCGAGGAAACUGCUGGUAAAAAGAAUAAAAAUGACGCCAAUCAUUCCGGGAAAAAACCCAUGAUUGUUGAGGGUGAUGGCAAGAUCAAAACAGUAGGUAAAAUGCAGAAUAAAAUGCAUGAGGUUAAAAGCAAUCCAGAUAGUGUCGGCAGUAAACUUGAUGAUAAGGUUUUCAGUGAAGUUGAUUCUGAAAUUUUAUCAGAUCUUCCAAAAGAUAAUGUGGAUCUCCCGGAAUGGAAAGAUGUUCCGCUUUCUUUAUUCAGUCAGAAUGCACUUUUACAUUUAGAUUUUAAACAGCCGACAGAUAUUCAAAAAGCAUGUAUUCCGCCCUCUCUUGAAGGAAAAGAUAUUAUUGGAAAAGCAAUGACUGGAUCCGGAAAAACUUUGGCAUAUGGUAUACCCAUCCUCGAGAAAGCAUUGAAACAAGAUAAAGCUGGAGUACAGCAUCCUACUGGAAUGAUAUUUGCACCAACAAGAGAACUUGCCACCCAAGUUACGAAGCAUUUAUCACGCUUUGUCCGAGAUUUCCCUUUAUCUGAGCAUUCUAUUGUUUCUUUAACUGGUGGUCUUUCCAUACAGAAACAAGAAAGACUACUCAAAUCAAAUCCAAGAGUUUUGGUCUGUACUGCGGGAAGAUGCCUUGAACUCAUUGAAAAAUCAGAUAGUGUUGCAAAACAGUUAUCUUCUUCUGAUAUCAUGGUUUAUGAUGAAGCAGACAGGUUGGUUGAGGAUGGACAUUUUGAUGAGCUAGAAAAAGUUUUAGAAAUAUUACGUGCCCAGAGGCCAAAGGAAGAUCCUCUUAUUCCAAAGAAAUGGCAAACAUUGGUGUUUUCAGCAACUUUGUCGAAGGAUUUAUUUGGAAAAUUGGAUAAGGCAAAAUCAAUGGCCCAGAGGAGGAGAACGCAUAGUGGAAAGCUUGAUCCCUAUGAGGAGGAAAGAAUGGAAGUGAUGCAUUUAUUGGGAUGGAAGCUAAGGUUUAGAGGAGAACCUUUAUACGUGGAUGUGAAUCCAAAGAGUAUGUUGGCUACAAAAAUUACUGAGGCUCUUUUACCGUGUACACCUCUUGAGAGGGAUCUUAUGCUAUAUUAUUUCUUAUCCCUAUUUCCUGGAAAUACUUUAGUGUUUGCCAACUCGAUUGACGCAGUGAAAAGGUUGAAGCCUUUGCUUAAUUAUCUUCAUAUUCCGGCUGUCGCAUUGCAUUCCUCUAUGAUCCAAAGGCAGCGUUUAAAGUCCUUAGAAAGGUUUGAGCAGAAUUGUAAACAGGCUGCCAAGGGUCACAAGGCAUCUGUUCUUAUUGCCUCUGAUGUGGCUGCAAGAGGAUUAGAUAUUCCUAAUAUCCAGCAUGUUGUUCACUAUCACUUGCCUCGUACUGCCGAUACAUAUAUUCACAGAUCUGGAAGAACUGCCAGAGCUGGAAAGGAAGGAGUUUCUAUUAUCUUAUGCUCUCCUAAGGAGGCAUCUGGUCCAUUGCACAAGCUUAGAAAGAUUGUGAGUUCCAAAAAGAAUGCCGGUAGUGUUGCAGAAUUGAAACUUUUCCCAGUUGAUUCUGAUAUCCUUAAACAAUUGAAGUCGAGAAUUGAAAUUGCGGCAAAACUUGCUCAGGGUGAUGUUGCAGACAGCAGUUUGAAUAAAGAAAAGAAUUGGGUUGAAAAGGCAGCUGAGGAUUUGGGAGUUGAAGACUGGGAUGAUGUUGGAGAAGACGAUUUCUUGAAAAGAGACAGAAAAAGAAAGACUGGAAAGCACCUCAAUAAAAGAUCAAAAAAAAUACUAAAGGCGGAACUAAAUGAACUGCUUGCCAAUCCUGUCAAAAAGGGAAGGGCUUCUUACAUCACAAAUGGUCUCAAUAGCAUUGCUGAUAUGCUUCUGAGAAGUGAUGGAAAAAGUAACAAUGGUGUUAUGAGUUAUUUGCAGAAGGAUGCCCUUUCGGUUUUGAACGGUAAGAGUAAAACGUUCAAGACCAAAAGAAGAAGAAAUUGA